UCAGGCAUCUUUGAGCAAAAUGGGGGUGAAGAGUGUUUUCUGCAUGUGAUGGGAGUAUGUUGAUUAACAAAUGUACCUUGUCCAGCAGAAUGAGUGCGGAAUUUACUCAGCCUAACACACGAUGGGUUCACGAAUAAGGGACAACAUCAAACAUUUGUUCCAGUGUUUCUGUGAAGUAGUUGCACCAAGAGGUGACAAAGAAGCAUGGAUAAUACAAAAGUUUCCUGACAGCUACAGAGAUGAAGAAGUGUUGAAAUCUGUUCCCAAGUUUGCAUACCCAUGUGAAUUUCGAAACACUGUUGUUCAACACUACUCAUUUGUUCUUACAAGCAUAGACUCAAAAUGGACAUUUGGCUUUUGUCGUCAUGAUCCAAAAACAGAGACUGCACUUGUGAUAUUAAGCUUUUUACCAUGGCAUGAAUCAUUUUAUAAAUUACUAAAUCAUGUAGCAGAAAUAACACACAAUUCUAACACAGAAGAGCUGUACAGAUUUUUAAAUGCAGUUUAUGAGGGUAAUGUACCUGAACCAGGGACUGUUAUGCAGGUGCCUUUUAAUAAUGGUGAAAGUAUUUUCAUCUGUAAGUGCCCAAACCAGUUUCAGCUGCCCAGUAUUCCAGAAAAUAGAAAUUUGACAGAAUACUACAGUGCUGUCGAUGGGCACAAUAUGAUGGUUAUAUUUGCCUCUAUGCUAUAUGAGCGUCGUAUCAUUUUCACUUCAAAAAAAUUAUCAAGACUGAGUGCCUGCGUGCAGUCUGCAAAUGCUGUGAUUUACCCAAUGAAUUGGCAACACAUAUUUAUCCCAGUUCUUCCAAUGGCACUAAUGGACUAUUUAUUUGCUCCAAUGCCUUACUUGAUAGGUGUACCUGAGCCAGUGUUGCAGCGUGUCAGAAGAAGUGAUCUUGGUGAAGUUAUUAUAUUGGAUGCUGACAGUAAUACUGUGGAGACACCUUUUGAAGACCUUGAGUCUCUCCCUGCUGAUGUGGUAAAUUCUUUAAAGAGGCAACUACGAAACCGAGCUGCUCUGUUGGGUGAUGGUGUGUCUCGAGCGUUCUUAAAAGCUCUUGUCCAGUUAAUCGGUGGCUAUAGAGAUGCAUUAAAGUUUCAGCAAGGCCAGAAGAUAACAUUUGAUCCUGAAGCAUUUAUUGAGUCUCGGCCAAUGAGUAUGCAACCAUUUUUGAGGAAGAUGUUACAGCUUCAGAUAUUUCAGCAGUUCAUAGAAGAAAGACUUGAUAUGCUCAACAGUGGCCUUGGAUUUUCUGAUGAAUUUGAAAUGGAAGCGUGUAAUUAUUCUGGGAAGUCAAGUUCAAAACUGAAGCAGCAGUACAAAGAUUGGACAUCAACAAUGAAAAAAGAAGGAACUGCCUUUUUCAAGACUGUCAAGAGCAAGGCCAACCCAGCUAUGAAGUCAGCAGUGAAGACUGUAAGGGAACGAGGGAAAGAAGUUCGUACAGCAUACAAGGGAAUACGGUCAAAAUGGCGAGAUAGUCAGCCUCGUGACAGUUCCAGCAGUCAUGAAGGAGUUGAGUGUACAGAAGAAAGUAAUGGUAAACCCCGUUCAGCACCAACAUCACCAAUUAACAAAAGACGCCAGACAGUGCCAGGUUCCAAAGUUAAAGCCACUGUGUCCUAUAGAAGAGAAAGUAACUUGCAGAGGAAAAGGCCUCCAAGUGGAAACAGGACAAAACCGUACUGUGCUCUGAGCCCACUUUCUGACCAGAGCCCUUCUGAAGGAGGGCCAUCAGAAUUGAGCACCAGCCCACCAGCACAAGAUUUGACACCACUGGAUAUGAAUCUGAUGGGGGACCUUCAAGACAUUUUCAAAAAGUGUUCAGCCCUAACAGAUAUGACUGACGAUGUUUCCCCUCCAGUGGACAGAACAUUGAAGCCUGUACGAAGCCUUGAAAGUUUCAAGCACUCACCAGGAAGUGGCACAGAUUUGCUUUCAGUUCCUGUUCCCUUACCAAAGAAUCGCCCACCUGUCCAAAUAGUACCACAAGCUAUAACCCCAGUGUCCUCCUGCACUAGCAGUAAUUCAUCAUCACCAGAAAAAACCUCUCCAGGCAACCACCCUUCACUGCUUCCUAAUACUGCUUGUACUUCAACUUUUGAUGGUAUUGGCUGUGAUUUAUUUGGUGCCACACCGUUUAUCAUAAAUGAUUCCUCACAUGAAGACUCACUGUUUGUAGUGGCUUCCACAUCUUCCAUAGAUAUGGUCAGGCUGCCUCCUCCAGCACAAACAUUCCGGAAUAAAAAGCCUGGUGCAGAAGCUGAUCUUAUACGUCUGGACUCUACACCUAGUGAUGAAGAUUUUGAUCCUCUGUUAUCAAGAGACCAAGGAGGUGAUAAUGGAAUUUCUUCAAGUGCUGGGAAUUUCCAACCAUCUUCACAGAAACAUAUCGCUCUUGAAGGCCUAACUAACCCUUUAUAUCCUUAUUUUGUUCCAUCAGCAAUGGAGAAAAGUCCUGUCCUUGAAAGUACACCACCACCAGCUGGCAACAGAAGCUUCCUUUAUUCAGCAUCAACAGCACAUCUUUUAGCUGCUAACAGACUGCAGACAGGUCAAAGCACAUUUUUCUCAGCAGAUCCUAAAAAUAUUCACAAGGCAACAAACUGUACUUUCAGUGCCCCCAGCCCAUCGUCAAAGACUUUCUCUCAAACAUCUGUCUCUGGAGCAGUAACAAGCAGUCAAGAUCUAGAUUUACUAAGAGAGUAUGGUUUAGACUUCAAUAACUUAAGCAUUCAGAAUGGCAACACAAAGCCUAAUUCAUCAAGUAAUGUACAGCAAUCAAAUAAUAUAUUUGAAAAUUUGGUUGAUCUUAGUGAUGCCACGUUAAAGAAAUCACAGACUCAAUGGACAAAAUUUGAUUAAAUCAAAUGGUGAGGCCUGAAUGUAUAUAUUAUAUAUUGCUCACUGGCCAGUGCAUUAUUAAUGAAAUGCUGGUAAACUUGCAAAAUGAGGGAUGAUGUAGUAUAUUUGUUAUGCGUGACUGAAUGAGAGAAUGAGUGAAAUUGCGCACACUUAUGCUAUACACAAGAAUCCUACUUUUUUAAAAUUAAGGUGUCUUUAAUAAAAUAUUUAAAAAAAUAUUUAAAAUUAUUUGUGUGUGUGUGUGUGUGUGUGUGUGUGUGUGUGUGUGUGUGUGUGCGCGUGCAGUUGUGUCUCAAGGUUGGCAGCAGAAAGCAGAUGGUAAAGGCAACAUGUGAAUAAACUUGCUCUGCCGUGCCCCAUUUGGAAAAAAAAUGUUAUUCUUGUGUUUCAUUAUUUCUGCCUGAGAUAUAAAGUUACAGUUGAAAUGUUAAAAGUUGUCAGUUGUCAUGUUGAACUGUAUAUUAAUGUUUGAACUGUUCUUUUGCAAAUAGUGCUGUAUUUGCAACGAUUUUGAACUGAAAGAGCAUUAUACAUAUAAAAGCUAGUCAUCUGAAAAUAUUUUAAUGUGCAUAAACUUACUGAAAAAACUUAUUUGUGUCAUAUCAUUCAUUAAAUUAUUACACUGUAACUUAGAGCUGUGUUUCUUCUUUGGCCUAUCAACACUGCUGUGUAAAAAAGUUUGUAAAUAAUUGACUUCAUCACUGAAAAUGGUCCAAGUGCAUCAUAGGAUGUCUGAUGUAUUAUGCGAGUACACAGCAAAAUAAAAGCAGGAACCUUUUAUGACUUAAAUACUAACAAUAUGCAGUUUAAGCAUCACACAUCACAUUUAAAUUCAAAAUUUGCAUUACAAGUAGACCACAUCACUGCUAGUAUGUAGUUUGGACUAACAUAUUGUAGAAUGAGGGGAGGAUACAAUAGAAUGCACAUUCAUCUGAGAUGUGAAGGAAUUAAUGACACACUUGUAUAACUUCUCUUCAAAAUAUGUCUCAGUCAGAUUCCAUUCAUUUAGAGAUGAGGAAAUGAGAUGAAGUGGAAUGAAUGUAUCACAGAAGUAAUUUCCAUAGUGAGUAUGUUUUUGUUUAUAGUACUUUCUUGGCUUCCAUUCUACCACUAGUUGUGAAAUAAGUUGUGUUGCAAACAGUGUUUGGCAACAGGACAUCUGUUGAUCUCGUUAACAUAAGCCAAUGUAGACACUGGAGAAGAAAACAGCAACCAGUCACAAAAUCCAUAAUUUUAUUACAGUAGAUCUAAAUUUCAGCUACGAUAUAGUCAUCUUCAGUGCAUAUAACAACAGGUGACAUUAAUCCAUAGUGUCCCAUAGAACAACGGGAGUCUAACAUGAACUCACGUUAGACUCCUGUACACUCUACACCAGCCAAUACUGUUUACUACAUGUCACUUUGGAGUAAUGUCAUCUGUUGUUGUAAAUGCACUGAAGACGACUAUGUAAUAGUUAAAAUUUAAAUCUGCUGUAACAAAAUAGAUUUUGCAACCAAUAGCAGUUCUUUUUUCCAUUGUCUAUAUUCAACAGCUGCUGUGCACAACAGGAUCAUAUGGAUUCCAAUCUGACCUGUUAAUAUCUUCAAGUUAUUUUCAGCAAAUAAUUAUGGUUUAUCAGAUGUUGAAACAAAAUCUAGAGUGUCAUUGUACUGACACUAAAUUUUAACUGAAUCACACUUUUAUAUGUCAGUGGGACUAUCAUGACUGAAGUUUUCAUGGUAGUCCUAAAUAAAUGUCAAGGCAGUAACUGAUUCUUUAUUUUGGUGGAAUUUUAGAGAACAAUUCUCCAUACAUAUCCAGAUUCCUUUCUCUCUUGGGGCCUUUGUCCCGCAACAAGGCAGGGUGAGCCGUGUUACUAUUGAUUUGGCAGUGUUAGUUGCAGAGGGUGGUUGGAUGCCCUUCCUGCCCCCCACCCCCUAUCCAGCUGCCUGCAUCUGGUGUAAGCCAUGGAACAGUGUGAACGUUGUCAAAUGUCUGCGAGUUGUGUAACUGAGGCGGAACAUGGGGGUCAGCCCGGUAUUCACCUAGCGGGAUGUGGUAAACGGCCUGAAAACAACAUCCAGGCUGGCCGGCAUGCCACCCCAUCGGUAAUCCGCCAGGCGGAUAUGAUCCGGGACCAGCGUGCCUACCCCUGGAGUCCAAGAAGCAGUGCAUUAGUGCUGUCAGCUACCAUGGCAGGUUCAUACACAUCCAGAUUCAGAUAGUAAAUGUAGACAUGCCUAAUUCCCUGAAAACUGUUAUUCACUUAAACUUAAUCUUAUUAUUUUUCAGUCUCAAAUGGUGUGUAGUGCUUGUUAGAAUUUCUGAAUUUGCUUUGGAACCAAGUAGUAAAAGGUAGGAUUUAUUUACAAGGUAAUGUGUGGCUAUAAGUAUUGGUGUCCACAGGGGUAGAGGCUGUCAUUUUCUGCUACAUGCAAAAAGUUAGGGGAAUUCUAUGUUGAGGUGGAUAAGCAUAACUCCAUGAACUUUAGCAAUGUCAUGGCAUUAUGAGUAUUGGUGCCAAGAAAUUGGUGGAGGAUGACCUGAUGUGGGGUAUAAGAAAUCAUUAUCAUUAUUUAGCAUACAAAUGUGAGGAAUGUUACCCACAAGUACACAUUACUGGAAUUACGCUCUCAUUAUCUGUCUCUCUGCCUUCAUACACUUGAACUUAAAAAACAAGAUAGUCAUGAACUAAAAAUAAAAUAGACAUUUGGAUAUAAAGUCUUACUUUAAAAUCAGCAACAUUGACACUCUGUUUUACUUCCUCAUAGUACCGCUCGCUCGCCAAAGUGCUCCCUUUUCUGUUUUGGUAACACUGUAGCAUCUACUCACUGUUACACCAACAGCCAGUACACUGGCUUGUUCUGUAAAGAAGUGCACUGUUCCAACUGACUGCACUGAACCAUCAGUUGUUCUACAGUAUUCUUGAGAUGUCACAGGGAACAUUGCCCACUGUUAUCUAUGCAAACUUUUCAGUUACAUCAUACCACUGUUAAAUUUAAAAAAUCCCAUGAAUCCAAUCUUCCAUUUGUAGAUUAAGUGCAUUAUCAAAUCUGUCUCGAUGAACUGAUAUUUCUGGUUCUUCAAGUAGGUCAAGCUCGCUUCACUUUUUUGCUGCGCACACCAUCCCUAAAUCCUCUUCAGUGGCUUUUUCAUAUAUGUGUUUUGGUUAUUACAGAUUUACCAUAAUUACCCAGUCUGAAACUGAAGUGGUGAGCAUUUUACGUAGAUGGCAGUGUCUUCUUCAUGUCCCUUGCAACAUCUCUGGAAUACUGUGAAACAGUUGAUGGUUCAGUAUAGUCAGUCAGAGCCCAAAUACUUGUUUACAGAACAAGCCAGUGUACAAGUGGCUCCUGUCACGUUAAGCAAAUGCUAUUGGUGUUACCACUAUAGAAAAAGGGAUGCUUUGGUGAAUAGAAAGUUGUAUGAAGAACCAAAACAAGUAUCAGCCACUGCCAGUUUUAAAGUAAGACACGGACUUUAUGUCCAAAUAUCUUUAUUUUAUUUCAUAUAUUUUGUGCCUUUGUAAGUGUGUGUGUGUGUGUGUGUGUGUGUGUGUGUGUGUGUAUGAAGAAUUCAAAUCAAACAACCAAACAAUGGGGGCUUGUGGAUAACAUUUCCCACAAUUGUGUGCAGAUAACAUUUCUUGAAAUUUUGUUUUGUAUGCUUGAUCAGUGUUCUGCACCCUUUUAUUACUCACAAUACAUGCAGAUGCGUCUAGACUCACCACGGCAUACCAAAAUGUCUGUUUCCUAAAAAUCAUAUGAAUCUUAACACAAUUACAAAUUAUUAUGUUGUUAUGUACUCAUCUGUUGUUGUUAUAAAACAUGAAUAGACUCGACCCAUGACUCAUGCAUUUAUCAACAACUUAUUAACUUUAAUUCACUGUAGAAAACAGAUAUUUCUAAUAUAAUAUACUCGUAUCUUCACUAUGAUACUUGAGCCUGUUUCGCUGCACUCAGACACUUGAUUUAUGGUGGAAUCAUUGACAAAGCAGGCCUCAGUUCUUCAUCGAUGAAUUUCAGUUAAUGUCAGGAAGCCAGUUCACAUAAAUAUCUAGUUGAAAAUAGUAAUAUUACAUUAAAUGCCACCUUAGAAAUAGCUAGGUAUUCACUGCUUAUUCACAACCAAAUAUGCAAAGGUACUUCAAAAAAUUUUGAUUUCAGUGUCCUCUAAGCUUUCAAAUCUACCAGUUCCUGUUGUAAGCUCUCAAUAUCAUAAUUUUUUUUUUUUUCCUCGCUAUUAAUUUGUAUGAACAUUUUCUUUUUCUUGUUAGUAAUAAGAAAUUUGUACAGAAGAUGGCAAAGAUAGGCUUUUAAAUUAUUUUUGUAACAGAAGAGCAAUGUCCAGGAAAUAAUAAUUUUUUUUAACAACUUUUGUUUCAAGCUCACUUGGGAGUACUUAUGUUUAAGAUCUCACAUAAAAAGGACGUGUAAGUUUUACUCGUGUGUCAACAAUGUGUGUAGUAAAUGCUGUGUGUGUAUAAAAAUGCAAGAAAAUAUAUAUAUCAAAAAUCAUCAUA